GAAGUCCUCAACCCCAGUCAACAGAGAGACCCAGCGAUUGAGGGUCAGCGCCGAAUCACUAGCGACACCUCCAAAAGACACCAGCCAUGGGCAACGAGAACUCAACUCUCGGGCUCUCCGAAGAGACCAAGGCAGAGCUCAAGAGAGACACGGAGCAGUUGAAGCAAUCCGAAGAAAAUCAGCAACCAGAGAUAGCUCAGGCCGAGGAGCGACAGCGAGCUCAGGUUGAAACCGAGAGAAAUCAAAGAGAAGAAGCCUAUUUUGCUAUACAACUAGCAGAGAAGGCGCGUCUAGAGGCAAUCGACAAGGCAUCAAAAGCUAAUUCUCAACAAAAGACGAGGGGCAGGGCGAAGAAGACGCCAACGGGAACAACAGUCAAGCAGAAAUUUGAUGCAGAUCGCCUCGUAGAAGAAGCAGCCGAAGCUGCAACACUAGCUAAUACGGUCUUGCAAAAAGACGCAGUCAGUACGGGCAAGGAUGCUGCCCAAAAUCUGGAAGUAGUUGAGAAGGAGAGACUCGCUGCGGAGAAAGCGGCGGCAGUAAAGAAGAGGACCGAAGAGCAAGCAAAGUUGAAGCAAAGAUUCAACUCUAUGCAGAAGCAAAAGAGCUUGCAGAAUGCGGUAGAACAGCCUUUGGGAAGCCAAGGUAGCGAAGAAGGCGAGAUACGAGAGAUCAUACCAAGGAGUGGCACGCCGCUUGCUUUCCGAGGUGCAGCUAGCAGCGCAAGCACACAGUAUUCACGCGAUGUUUCAGAUAGGUCAAGGCCAUCAUCGCCCUCUUCUGCGUUGCAUGGAUGGAAUGCCCGGAAACAGCCUGAGGCGAAGAGCAGCUCGAAGCAGGGAGGACCGCCUUCUUCGUCAAGCAAUGAUACUGUUCGUCGGCGGGAUUCAAAGGAGCUUGUCAGCGAGCCAGAAACCCAGGUCGCCCGCAAAGUGCCACCAUCCGCAACUCAAUCAUCGACAUCGAUGUCCAUCGACAACACGAAUGCUUCUGCAAAAGCAUCUACUGGUCAAGAUUUAGCUAUCUGGCCAACGAGACCUCCGGUCGCACAGAAGAGAUCUAGCAUAUGCGAAGUCCAAGAUUCGCCCAAUCUGCCACCCAAGCCUCUGGAUCCGCAUAGGAGAUCUAGCACAUCUACUGCGCUCGAUGUAUCAACUCUACCUCCCAAGCCCGCUGCUAGUCACAAGAGAUCUAUACCAUCUGGUGGAUUCGACAUAUCAAAAAUGGCGAAGAUACCCAAAAAGAAUCAUCAAGCAGUAUCAAGCAGCGCUUCCCCACAAUCUCCAGUUCAGGAUGAUGAAGAGGAAAGCGGACACCUUCUCGACGUUGGCGAACCAAGUUGGGGCGGCGACAGGCAGCCUCCAAAAUGGUACGGCAGGCUCAAAGCGAUCACGAAACGUGAUGCGGGCCAUGGCAAUGUUCAGGUUUUACUUGAGAGACUGAAAGAGAAGAUUGGAAAGAUCAAGAAGCUAUCGCGAGACGCAGGGACUGAACGAGAGUUGAACGAGCUAAGGGAGAUGAUCCACAAGGUCUUCUUUAUCGAAGUUACACCCCAGUUGCUUCGCAAUCUGCGUAUGCUGCACAACAACGACGGUCUUCCCCAAAUCUUCGAUCAUCGAUAUGAUGAUAAAGUCCCGUGGCCCUACGACGUGAAAGCCGAUGCAGAAGAGCUAUACAACAAGUGGUGCGCUCGAACAUUCGAGAUCGAUCUGCUGCGAGGCAUCAAAGUUGGGAAACCAAAGACCGCCAAGGAUAAAGGCAGUUCCGAUCGCUUGGAUCCAAAAUUUCCAAAGGUGCCGUCGAAUUACUAUGGCAAUGGACGUCUUCUGAAUGGCCAAUGGUGGCCCACGCAGCUUACUGCGCUGCGUGACGGUGCCCACGGCUCAUCUCAAGGUGGUAUCUAUGGUGAAACGGGCCAAGGCGCAUACUCAGUCAUCAUGUCUGGUGGAGUCGACAAAGCUGGCAACAAAUACCCAGACGUGGAUGAGGGCGAUCAUGUCCAGUACUGCGGCACCGACAACGAUGGGCCUGAAAAGAAGCCAUCAGACGGCACACAACGAUUGAUUGAAAGCUAUCGCUUGAAGACUCCCAUCCGCCUCAUUCGUAGCUCGAAUGCGGACCCGGUGUAUGCACCAGAAGAAGGCUUCCGCUAUGAUGGCCUAUAUGAGAUUACUGGGGUAGAGCAUAUCGACGCUGCAGAUUCAAAGCGACAGCGUCAUAGGUUCACGCUGCAGAGGAAGCCAGGACAAGAUCCCAUACGUAGCUCUGGGCCGGCGAAGAGACCGACGCAGCAGGAGCUGGAUGCCUACAAGAAAGACAAGACAUUACGGGGGUAUGGUGCAAAGGGUUGAUGAAAGUGAGGGCGUACAGACUUUACGUGCUGAAAAAUGCGCUUCGAGAUCGAGUAGCUAGCCAAGUCUUUAGUAUCACAUAGUCUACACUAUAUGAUAAGUUCUGUAACAGAG